ACCAAAACAUGCGUUACAUUGCUUGAACAGACGCCUUGGUUGGAUUACCAGGGCUGGGAUUGAGCCGUCAUACAAACGAGGGCAGGAGGCUUGGUGUAAGGGGGAUUAUUUAUCAGGUGGGGGUCUAUACUCUCUGGAUAAUGCAUCAAAGCACCAAGCUUCGCUCUCUCAGCUUGAGCUGUCCGGCACGUUCAACCGAUGAUAUGGAUUCUGCAUUGGGGGGUGAAGAAACAGAAAAACUACCACGACCAUGUGGGUCGAAUCUGGGCAGGAGCAGAGGAAUCCGGACUCACCUUAGCUGCCUUUCGCAGAAGUCAGACUCUCUAAGUGAUUUUUCAACGUUACAAAAUGAUGCCAAGCACAGCCAAGCACUAAAACGGCUGACUGCAGAAGAAGCUCGAAGGUGGGCUCGCUCGUUCGAUCUGCUCUUGUCUCAUAAAUAUGGUCGCUCUGCGUUUCGUGCCUUCCUACAGACCGAAUUCAGUGAGGAAAACCUUGAGUUCUGGAUGGCCUGUGAGGACUACAGAAAGACCCGCUCAGUGAACAAACUACCUGCGAAAGCUCGUCGUAUUUUCCAGGAUUACAUUGAUGUUCAAGCUCCCAGAGAGGUUAACAUUGAUUACCCAACUCGAGAAAUGACCAAACGAAACCUUCAGCACCCAACAUUGUCUUGUUUCGACCUUGCCCAACUGAGAGUGCGCAGCCUAAUGGAAAGGGAUUCCUACCCAAGGUUUCUACGCUCACAAAUCUAUAAUGACCUGCUUAGCUGCACUCAGAAGAGCCCUUGUUAGUCGAAUGAGCGACUGCAGAGACACAGUUGACACUUGACCAUCCCGAGAAGGACCGUCUUGCACUAUGGCCAAGAAGACUAAGAUGAUUCAGUUAUGACUGCUUGAGACAAUACAGCAUCUUCACUGCCAAUUCGACAAGUCUCAUCUUCAUCAUCAUCUGGUUAUCCUUAAGUUUAGUGUGGAUGUUUAGAAGAAAAGGUCUAACAAACAAAGAAGAAGAUGGAGAGAAGGUCAAGUAACUACAAGGAAGGGCAGAUCGGAAGGAAAGGUCCCACAUCCACCACACUCAAUAUGUUCUCAAUUUGUAUACUCUAAUUACUGUAGCAAAAUGUCUAAAUCUGUUUUCAACUGGUCAAUAUGUACAUCUGUAAAGAGUACAUUCCUAUUCCUCCCAUUCAAUUAUAAUGUCCCAUUGGAGUAGACUUUAAUGGACAAAUCAAAUAGGGCUGAUGGAAAUUAGGCUUGAAAAAGGUGGCUUUCCGUAUAAAAAAUGGGGCCUCACAUUCUGAGGAAAUGCAGGCUCCUCAGAAAAAGUGAAGAGUUGGGAAAUUGACAUAUAUGUCUAAGAAUUUUCCAUCAGUUCAAGUGAUGGUUUUUCACAUGGAGGUCAAUUAAUUAAGAUUUCCCUUCAGGCCAUUCAUUAGCUUAAGUGGAUUGACGUGUUUAUAUUAGGAAUUCGUUCAUUUUAUGAGUGUGAUCUCCAAGGAAUAAGACUGCACAAGUAAUUUAUAGAAUCUUUGAGAAGUAAAUUUGUACACAGUUCUGCAAUAUUUAAGGGGAGGGUUGCCAUGCUUUGUGCAGCCAUGUUGUGUGCCAUGUUCUCCGCCAUGCCAAUUCUGCAAUAACCCCUAUUAUUCAAAUAAGGGAUAAUAAGGUACACAGUGCUACCGAUAGACCUAAUUAUAACAUGAAAGCUAUGCAUGGUCCAGAUUUUUCUGAAAAAAUUUCAAGAUAUUUGAUGAUAGCCUAAUGCAAUUUGUAGGUUUCUAGAAAUUAGAUUAAGGGAGUUAGCAAAAAGAUCAAGGUUAUCUAAGUGAUGCAUCUUUAGAGGAAUGGAUGUCUGACGUCUCUAUAAGAAGAAUGUUGAGGGAACACAGUGGAGAAAUAUAUGAGAUUAUUCACUUAUUCGGCACCAAAAAACUUUACAUGAAUUAGAAUUUCCAUGAAUACUUUUCAUCUCCAUAACAUUUUAGAACAGAUGAUCAUUAUAAUAUAAUUUUCUUUUUUUUCAUUGGAAGAUGCCCUAAGAAAUUUACUAAGAAAUCUUCUAACAGUAAGCGUAUGACUUCAGAUGACCUACACAUUAGAAAGCUAUCUCCCCUGACUCACACAUGCAUUCUCAGCCAAGUGUCCAAGUUUAUAUUCCAUGGGGAAGGGAGAAUAAGCUACUGCCAGUCUCCUCUCGUGAUUAUCUCUGGUGACAAAAGAGGAUCCAACAUGCCAGAUCCUUCCUUCUCCACCAUGAGGGAAAGGGUAGAAGGCUCCUAUUGUUGGUCAUGUGCCAACUUUGAUCUAUUGUGAAUGGGAUCAGUAAUGAUUAGGGUUUAAUGAGAGACUGCAAGAGGUCUUCUGAUGCCAUGUACUGGCUCCUGCAAUUCCUGUCAGCAACAUAAUACCUAUGAUUAUAGCACCAUAAUUACUUAUAUAUACCUUAUUUACUACGUAUAUGAAGCAAACUGGCAUCUUAAAGGGAUUCUUUAAGAACAAAUGCAGUGCUAUAAAUUCCUAAUAUACCCUGUAGAGCAAUCAAAGGGGCUGUGCAAGAUUAGAGGGUCUUUAGUCUUUAGCUGAAUGAUCGUUCAUCUGACAGCUAUCUCACCCGACUCCCUUCUGGC